GGCGCGGGGUCCGCACCAUGGGCGGCGGCUGCUGGCGGCUGCUCGGCGUCGUGUGCCCGCUGCUCCUGCACCUCGCCGCGAGCCAGGAGCCCGUGAGCAUGGCCGGGCAGUGCGACACCAUCUACAAGGGCUUCGCCGGCUGCCUCAUCAGCCUGGGGGACAGCAUGGCCCAGAGCGUCCGGCAGCAGCAGGAGGAGGGCGGCGAGGAGGCGCAGGAGCUGGACACCAUCUGCAAGUCCUGGGACGACUUCCACACCUGCGCCAGCGAGGUGCUGUCGAAAUGCCCCGUGGAAGCGUCUGCGAUCUGGGAGUCGCUGCGCCAGGAGUCCCGCAAGAUCCAGUUCCAGGGGAACCUGCAGGAGCUGUGCAGCUCCCGGGGACGCCUGGCCAGCGCCCGGGGCUCGCCGGCCGCUGAGACCAACCAGGCCACGCUGCGGGGCUCGGCCACCCCCCUGCACCCCCGUGUCCUGGCCCUGCUGGCCCUGCCGCUGCUGGUGGCCCGGCUCUAGCCCUGCCCGCCCGGGGGUGCCCGGGUGACACCCCGGGUCGGUCCCCCCGGUGCUGGCUGGGAAGAGGUACCCACUGAGCCCACCCACCAUCCCGGGCAUCCCUCGUGGGGCACGGUCCUCUCCUGCAGCACUUCAGAUGGAUCUAUAUUUAUAUUAAAAGACACUUUUACAUUU